GGCGGCUGCACGGCAGCUGGGGCAGCGGGGGCUGGAGCGGCUGGAGUAUGUGGAGGGCGACUUCUUCCAGCCCUUCCCGCUCUCCGUCGACUGCAUCCUCAUGCGGCUCGUGCUGCACGAUUGGCCGGACGAGGAGGCGGCUGCCAUCCUGCGCCAUGCGCAUGCAGCCCUCGCGACCCACGGGUCACCCCGGCUGCUGGUGGUGGAGGCGGUGCUGCCGGAGCUGGUGAGCCCCGAGGCGGGGCCGGCUGCCGUACAGCAGCUGGAGUUCGACAUGGGCAUGAUGCUGAUGACCCCGGGUCGUGAGCGCAGUCAGAGCGAGUGGCGGGCGCUGCUGGGCCGCUCGGGCUUCAGGCUGGAGGCGGUGCUGCAACCGCACGGCGCCAAGCUGCCCGUGAUGGUGGCGGCACCCUACCGCACGUAGAGGCAGGCGGGGAUAAGGAAUAUGCAAG